AGCGAGCGCCUUUCCAAUUGGACUCGCCUUCCACUCGCCCACUAGUUUCAGUUUAUUUUCGGUCAUACAUAUGUGCUAAUAAGACAACGCGAGUGCCAACUAAUUGUGCCGGCGAUUCUACGGUGCAAGUGAUCGUCUUCGCACAGACGGAAGAUUCUUGCAGCGGGCCGAAAGGCCACAAUGAAAUCAAAGUACGAAAACAUGAAGAUCAUCUACAAUCGCAGCAAGAUCGGCUGGUACUGGGCUCCUCUGUUCGUGUCCUGCUGGUUUCUGCUCUUCUACCUGGUGGUAAUACCCAGUUUCCAUCGCAUGCCGAGGCUGAAGACGCUCGAGGAUGAGCGCCAGCAGCCGGGUCAGUUCAUCGGGGAGCGGGCGGAGAACACCCUGCUCAGGCUCUCCAAGAUCGGACCCAAGGUCGUGGGCAGUGCGGCCAACGAACAGGUGGCCGUGCAGUUUCUGCUCAGCGAGAUAGGUGACAUCAUCGACGAUGCGCGAACGGAUCUCUACGAUAUCGAGAAGACGGUCCAGGUUGCGUCCGGUAACUAUCUGCUCUGGUCCAUGGUCAAUGUCUAUCAGAGCAUCCAGAAUGUGGUGGUCAAGCUGUCGCCGAAGAAUGCCACCAGUGAAGCCGCUCUGCUGAUCAAUUCCCACUUCGAUUCCGUGCCGGGAAGCUCGGGUGCCGGCGACGCCGGAAUGAUGUGUGUGAUUAUGCUGGAGGUUCUCCGGGUCAUCACCAAGUACGAGACCCCACUCACCUACUCGGUUGUGUUCCUCUUCAACGGAGCUGAGGAGAAUCCACUGCAGGGCAGCCACGCAUUCAUCACCCAGCAUCCUUGGGCCCAAAACGUCAAAGCGGUCAUCAACUUGGACUCGGCCGGCAGUGGAGGACGAGAAAUUCUAUUUCAAUCCGGACCCGAUCAUCCUUGGCUGAUGAAGUACUACGGCAAAAACAUAGUUCAUCCGUUUGCCUCCACUAUCGGAGAGGAAUUGUUCCAGAAUGGCUUUGUUCCCUCAGAGACCGAUUAUCGCGUGUUCCGCGAUUUCGGCCAUAUACCCGGUCUCGAUAUGGCGCAGACUUUGAAUGGCUAUGUGUACCAUACCAAAUAUGAUCGCUUUAAUCUCAUCCCGCGGCGCACUUACCAGCUGACUGGCGAAAAUAUUUUGGCUCUGGUCAAGGCUCUGGCCAACGCAGAGGAACUGGAGAAUCCAUCGAAAUACGCCGAGGGACACAUGAUAUUCUUCGACAUGAUGGGCUGGUUCUUUGUCUACUAUCCGGAGACCAUGGGUAUCAUCAUCAACAUUACCGUGUGUGUCCUGGUCUGCGUCACCAUCGUUUUGUACAUCUGGAUGAUGUCCAGCAGCACGGGCAUGUUUCGCCGUCGGAUCUGGGCGAAGUUUGGCAUCCUGGCCGCUCUCCAGGUGGCCGGAGUUGCUCUGGGCAUUGGUCUGGUCCUAUCGAUAGCGCUGUUCCUGGACGCGGUCAAUCUACCGAUGUCCUGGUUCUCGCAGAACUGGAUGCUCUUUGGCUUGUACUUUUGCCCCAUGAUCUUCGGCAUGGGCAUUGUGCCAGGUAUUUACUUUAGUCGAACUAAAGAGCAUGGCCUACCCCUGGGCUAUGGCAUCCAGCUAUUGAUGCAUUCGCAUUGCCUGAUCUUGACCAUUAUCACCGCCAUAAUGGUGAGCUACAGCAUUCGUUCCGCCUUUGUCAUAAUGCUCUGCAUCGGCUUCUACACUCUGUCCGUGCUGAUCAAUUUGGUUACCAAGGCACACAGAACCAACUUCCUGUGGCUCAUACCGCACUGCAUUUGCCAGGUGCUGCCCUUCAUGUUCUAUACGUACUGCUGCUAUGCCUUCUACGUGGUUUUUGUGCCCAUGCAGGGACGCGAGUGCAAUACCAAUCCGGAGAUUUUGAUGGGUUUCUUUACGGCCCUGAUGGUUCUGCUAUUUGCACCCUUCCUGGUGCCGCUGUUCUGCCUGUUCCGCAAGUCGAAGACCAUUAUCUCAAUGUUUGGCAUCUGUACGAUAGUGUUUAUUAUAUUUGCCGCCACACCGAUUGCCUUUCCAUACGCCGAGAAGACGGCUCCCCAAAGAUUCUUCGCUGUGCACACGGCAAGAACCUUCCACAAUGGCGAUGCGGCGAGCACGGUUAGUCAUAGGGACUCGGGUUACUUUGUCCUUCCGGUCGAUCGGCGUCCCCAUACCGUGGAUGACAUCCUCUUUGAAAACACAAGCUUCACCAAGUCAGAACGCAUCGACUGUGACUCGGAGCUCAUGUGCGGAUUCCCCAUUUACAGCUCACGCUGGUUAAAUGCAGUUGACAAUAGCUAUUUUGUGCCUGGGCCGGAGCCGAAUAGGGAUCACAUUCCCACGCUGACUAUUUUGGAUAAAUCGAGUGGAUCGGAUACAAAUAUCAAAUUUGAUCUUGAGAUCUCAGGGCCAAGUCACACGAGCAUAUUCAUUCUACCCUUAAACGGCAGCAAAUUGGUGGAUUGGUCCUUCAUCAAAGAUCCGCUGGAUGCAAGUGUAGAGCCUCCAUACUAUGUGUACUGGUCCUAUGCAUUAGAUCCCAAGCCCCUGCAGUUCUCACUGGAAUUCGAGCACGAUGACCCAAAUUGGUCGGGUGGCACUUUCAAAAUAGCGCUAAUGGGUCAUCGAAUACACGACGACAUGUAUAUUACGGAAGACUUCCGGGAGUUCCUGGCCACGUUUCCGCCGUGGGCGCAUGUCAGCUCCUGGAUUGGAUCCUACAACAGUUGGCAGCUUUAAGUGCGGACUCAAAGUUCCUUCACGAACUCAACUCAAUCCCAUUUUGCCAUGACACCUCAGCUACCAUUUAACCUAAUCCAACGAACAAAGUGUCGAUACGCAUGGCACGUCCUAACUUGUAUUAGAAUUUACGAUUAGACCACUGUAGCUACUACUUUGUAUUUU